AUGUUAGGAUUUGUAAAUAGAUCUAGUCGUAACUUAAUCUCAAUCAAAGCCAUUAAAUCUGUAUACUUUUCCCUGGUUAGAUCGCGUCUCGAGUAUGCUGCGGUGGUCUGGUCUCCUAUCUUUGAUGUGCACAUCAAUAAGAUCGACAAAGUUCAACACAAAUUCCUUAAAUUUUUAGUAUGGAAAAUUGACCGAAUUUACCCUAAACCGGGCUCAGAUAAGGAAGAACUUUGUCGUAGAUUUAAAAUGCUUUCUUUAAAGGACCGCCGACUAUGUGCCAGUGCUAUUUUCUUGACGCGACUGAUACAGGGCAAGGUUGAUUGUCCAAGACUUCUAGAAUCAAUUACUUUCAGAACUCCGACCUGGAGAAGUAAUGUUCCCUUUCAACUUCCACUAACGAGUACUAACUUCGCUGCAUCUGCUCCUAUUUAUCGUUUAAUGUAUGCUUUUAACUUGUUUUAUAAAAUUGAUAACAGCCUUGACAUCUACACGAUAAAUAAUGUUGGCUCUCUUGCAAAACUUUGUUCCUCAAUUGGACACUGA